AUGUUGAUGUCUAUCACGCGGACGUUGCUCAGGUUCCUCGGGUUCCUCAGGCACCGCCUCGACCGGACCAUCCCAGGGGCCCCCGAAUGCGAUCAGCGCGAUGCGCUUUUGCUCGAGAAGCUUACCCUGGACGUGAUCCUGAUGAUAUUGGACCUCCUCGAGCCAGAGCACCACAUGGUCCUCGCGGUGGCGUGCAAGACCUUCCAUGGAAUCCUGUACGAAUCAGCCAAGGCUGCCCUAGUCCAAGACCGCUCCGUCAGGACCGCAGCCUUUCUCCAACUGCUCGAGAAAGACGUCAGCUGGAUACGGUACUACUGUCACGACUGCGUGACGCUCCACCCCCUUUCCAGACUGUGGACCAGACGCCCGGGCCGCUUCGCGGAGCCCUGUAGGCCACAUGCGGCAACCACUUCCAAGUCCAUCGUCCCGUUCAACUUCAGCGACGCCCAGUGCGUUAUGAACCAGCACUUCUGGGGAGAGCGACGCGGUCUGCCUGUCUCGUUCCUGUGCUUUCGACAGGAACGCGUCGAUGAGGAUGUCUGGCGGCUAUGGCUGCCGCCAACGCUCGCUUCUUAUUCUAAGACCGCGUCGUGGGACGUAUACUGGAUGCCGAGAAUUGUCCGCGACGAUUUGCUCUUUGCCGUGGGGCACAAGCUCAGGUACAGGGUCAGACGUGCCUCCGAGCUCGUGGGUUCCAGAGCGGUGCCUACCUUCGACGAGAAAUACCACGAUAUAUGCCCACACGUCUCGGCCAAGCGGGCUUGGGGUUCGCUGGAAUGGCGAGCUCUCAGUGCCAUAGACAUCGGCAAGGUUAACGAAGUAACCUCGUACCCUGGCCUUGUGCCCUGA